AUGGCUGACCUAUCUCCGGGCCAUGUGGUCACUUUGACCGACGGUCGGCAGGCCACCGUUCGGUUUGUUGGCUCGACACAAUUCGCUGCGGGAGACUGGAUCGGCGUGGAAUUGGACGAGCCCACGGGCAAGAAUGAUGGCUCGGUUCAAGGAGAAAGAUACUUCGAUUGCGAACCGGGAUUUGGCAUGUUCGUUCGGCCAACUGCCAUCGCUGCAAUUUCUCCUACGAAGUCACCGACGAAGCCCGCCUCCACCCCUCUCUCGAACAGAUCGUCUGCAAGCAGCACACCACGGCCGUCUGCGGUGGCACCCAAGACUCGGACAUCCAUCAGCUCAAAGACGUCUAUGGGCCCGCCCGCUCCUCCCUCGGCAACAACUCGCGCAUCACGACCUUCGAUAUCGGCUCCGGCAAAUAGGGCAGGCAGACCGAGUGUUCAGGGUACAGCGUCAGCACCGUCUGGAUUGUCAAAGCGUCCUGUGCUGCGGCCAACGGGCUCAAACAAAGUAUCGGAAGAAGCAGAAAGUGUAGCAAGCCCCCAGUCUGAGGAACUGGAGACAAGUUCCCAUGAUGUCGAAGAGGAGGUUGCGGAUGACGCGGAUAUGGCGCCCAAGGCCCCGAAGCCUACACCGAGUUCUUUGCGGACAGCCGCCAGCCAACGAUCCCAGCCAACUUCGUCACAUCGACCGUCGCUAAGUGGCAACGUUGUUACAAGAGAGCUGGAUGAGUUGAAAACCAAGCUCCGGGUCAUGGAAAAGAAACGGGCCGAUGACCGUGAGAAGUUAAAGACACUGGAACAACUUCAGGCGGAACGAGACAAGUUCGAAGGGAUCAUCCAGAAGCUGCAAGCGAAGUAUCAGCCGCAGCAGCUUGAGAUUAACGAGUUGCGGAAGAAACUGAAGGAUUCGGAAGCGAGGCUUGAGGAAGUCGAGCGACUCCAAGCGGAACAUGACUCGCUCAUGGAAAUGGCCACUCUCGACCGCGAAAUGGCAGAAGAGACCGCGGAUGCUUUCAAGCACGAAGUGGAGACUCUCAGGUUGAGGGUUGAAGAGCUUGAACUGGAAGCGGAGGUUCUGCGUGAAGAGAAUGAAGAACUUGGUCAGGUCAUGAGCCCGGAGGAAAAGUCCAGCCAUGGAUGGUUGCAGAUGGAAAAGACGAAUGAGCGUCUUCGAGAGGCCCUCUUACGUCUCCGUGAUAUGACCCAACAGCAGGAAGCGGAGCUCAGGGACCAAGUCAAGGAGCUUCAGCAGGAUUUGGAGGAAUAUACCGCCAUCAAGUCUAAAUAUGAGAAGACGAAACAGAAGCUGCUAGUGGCAGAAAACAACGUGGAAGACCUCAAGCAGCAAUUGGAGACGGCACUCGGAGCCGAAGAAAUGAUCGAGGAACUUGCCGACAAGAACAUACGUUAUCAGGAGGACAUUAACGAGUUGAAAGCAGCCAUUGAGGAUCUGGAAGCUCUGAAAGAGAUCAACGACGAACUCGAAUACAACCACAUCGAGACGGAGAAACAGCUGCAGGAGGAGAUCGAUUACAAGGAUGGUCUCUUCACCGAACAGAGUCGCCGGCUCGCCCAGCAAGAUGAAGUCAUCGAGGAUUUGGAAUAUACUCUUGUCCGCUUCCGAGAGCUGGUCUCUACUCUACAGGGAGACUUGGAAGAUAUGCGUGCAUCCCAACAGAUCUCCGAGGCCGAGGCUACUGAUCUCUCCACGCGCUCCCGGGCCAUGAUGGAUCUCAACCUUAAGCUUCAAGCCUCGGUUUCGAAGGCGCAGACGAAGACAAUCGACAUUGAACUCAACCGUAUGGAAGCAGAGGAAGCGGCGCAACAUUUGUCCAUUACCACGCUGUAUCUUCCUGAAUACUACGAGAGUGAGCGAAAUGCCGUGCUCGCGCUUCUGCGCUUCAAACGCGUGAGCUUCAAGGCGACCUUGAUGACCAGCACUUUCCGUGAGAAGGUCUCCGAACAGGCGUCUGUAUCUACUCCGCUCGAAGACCUUUUCAUUGCUCAUGAAGUCAUGGAGAAGCUCUUAUACAUUGCUUCUCUCUGCGACCGAUUUGUAAACUACAUCACGAAUUGCUCUGCAGAAGGGUUCGAGAGUAUUAAAGGAGCAUUGUUCGAGAUGGAGCCGGUUGAGCGCACAUUGAACUUCUGGUUAGAAGCUCUGAAAAAGAACGACGUGAACAUGAAGAAGUGUGCCGUUGAGCUGCAGCGAUCUAUCGCACUCUUGUCCCAUCUGGCCGAGACUCUCCUUCCCAGCUCCUUGGAAACGUUCGCCGACGAAUUGUGCAUGCGCUCCAUGUUGGCCCAGGCCUACACCGACCACGCAGCCUCCGCAAUCUCACGUCUCAAGUCAUUGUUCCAGUCGAAGCUUGUGGUGCCGGAAGGAGGCGACGAAGAGCACACCUUCCUAUACAACAAAAUGGAAGGCCUUGUGUCCCAGGCUCGAGGUCUUAAGGUUGCUAUGGGAAAGAUCAACCGUUCUCUGGAGGAUCUUCGUUCCAGAUCUCUUGCUCUCUCGCAGGAUGUCGUCGGCCCUUUCAAGCAGGCUGAAGAGGCUGCCAAAGACUUGUCUGAUUUGACUCGCCAGAUUGGAGAGAACAUCGUCUUCCUCGUCAUCGACGAAAGCCGCACGCAACCUCUAUCCCUGGAAGAAGCCUUGAACACUAUGUCUCAGAUCUCCACCCUCUACGCUCAGCCAUCUGAAACCGGCAGCGAAAGCAGUGACACGAUGUUCCUCAUCGGCAACAGACUGCGCAGCCUCGGCGGCCUCCUAGAGGAGCUCGACUCCAUCACGUCCGAUCUAUCAAUCACGACGGAAUUCGAGAAGCGUCCCUCCCCAUGGACGGUCCGAUCCGCAGAGCUCAAGUCCAAUAAAACCAUCUCUCCUGACGCCGACGAAGAGAUCCGUCGCCUGAAGAACGAGAUCCACGAAGCAUCCACCGCCCUCGGCGUCAAAGACCAAGCAAUCGAAGAGCAAGCCAUCAAGGUCGAGCUGGUCGAGUCCCGGAUGCGCGAAGCCAGCAAAAAGGCAUCAAUGGUCAAAGACCUCGAAGCCGAGCUCGAAAAGAUCCGCACCCGGGAAACCGAACUCUCCUCCACCGUCGAAAAGCAACGCAAAGACCUCGAAGCUCUCGAAGCCGAACGAGACGAGAUCAAAUCCCGCCUCGACAAAGUCAAACGCAUCUCCGGCACAACCGGCGCCACCACAACAGAAGGCAUCGCCGUCGACGCCGGGGUCUCCCUUGCCACCAUGCGCGAGAACGAAGCCCUCCGCGCCGAAGUCGAAAGCCUCCAAGCCGCCGUCCGCUACCUCCGCGAAGAGAACAGACGUGCCAACAUGCUCGACCCCUUCUCCGUCCAACGCUCAGCAGACCUCUACUCCUGGCUCGACGUCCCUCUCACCUCCACGCAAACCACUCUCACAAACCCCUCCACCGAAAAACUCCACCACACCGCCCACGAGAGCAGAGAAGUCUUCACCCACCUUC